AUGCUCUGUCUCCACUCUCCAGGUAACAACGGGUUCAAGGUCCAGGUGGUGGCGCUCCGCUGGGUCCGAACAAACAUCGCCGCCUUCGGGGGCGACCCGACCAGCGUUACCAUCGCUGGUUGUAGCGCCGGCUCUCUCAGUGUACUGCUUCAUAUGGUGUCGCCGACGUCUAAAGGUCUAUUUCACCGUGCAGUAUCAAUGAGCGGGUCUCCGAUCAGCAAGUCUCCUCUAUCGAGCGAUCUAUAUCAUCUCGCCGUUAAACAAGCUCAGCUCCUCGACGGUCCGACUAACAACUCCAAAAUUAUUAUUGACUGUUUGAAGACUAAACCCUGGAGAGAACUUGGAACUUCAGUUCUUGGUUUCUAUGAAUUUACUUUUGAUCCAGUACGUAUUUGUUAUCCUGUCGUUGAAAAAGACUUCGGUCAAGAACGCUUGUUAGACAUGCAGACGACGGAUGAUACCCGCGAAAACAAGUUCCACGCUGUCCCGUACAUCGCGAGCCAGACAGCGGGAGAGUUCUUCUGGAUGGCAUUUAGUUUUGACCUCAACCCUCGCGGAGACUCCAACCACUCCUCAGACCUGCACUGGCCACCAGCCAGCCCCGGACGACGCACAUACUUACGAAUAGACCACCAACUGUCCCUUCACGAGAAUUUAAAAGAAGAUCGAAUGAAUAUCUGGGAGGAACUGUACCCCUUGGAGUACUGA